AUGGCCGCCGCGACGGGGCUUUUUGCCAAGCUGUCCGAGGUCCAGGAGCAGCAAAGGGCGUCCUCUGCAAACCUGGAGCUUCUCCGGGACCAGCACAGAGAGUGGCAGCGCUCCGUGGAAGAGCUCCUCGCUGGCAUCCGCACGGAGGCGCUGCCAGUGCCGGUGCCUUUGGCGCCAUUGGCGCCAUUGGCGCCUGCAGAGACUGCGGUUACCACGGUGUCUCAUGUGACUCAUGUGUCUCUUCCAAAGGCCGCGCAGGCAGAAGAGAAGGACACUAAGGACACAAACUCCACUCCAAGCGAAGAGAACAACGCGAACAACGCGCAUGUCGCGCCUGACGAUCCAAACAGAGCAACGUUCAGUCGAAGAUCCAUGAGCACGGAGUCGCUGCUGAGGUCGCGGAACACCGUGGCUCAGAAUUUCCCUGCUGGGCCGCUGCGAAAGCUCGUCACCGAGGUGCUGAACGACAGCAAGGCAGCUCCCAAGGAGCUCUCCUUCCUCGGGUCUCUCCGCCAGAAGGUUACUGUGAUCGUCAACUCGUCAUGGUUCGAGUUCUGUGCGGGGGUGGUCAUCCUGCUGAAUUUGGUCACGAUUGGCAUUGAAGCUCAGCUCUCCUUGCGUAGCGGGGAGACCUAUGAUGACGACUUUUGGCCUGGAGGCGUGGAGAGGAUUUUCUUGGUCUUGUACACCAUCGAGGCGCUGUUCCGCCUGGUGGCAGGUGGCCUCCCGAUCUUCAUGGACCUCUGGUUCUUGCUGGACCUUGCGCUGAUCAUCGUUGGGCUUCUAGCACUCCUAAUUGUUCCGGCUGUGGCUGGCAACUCGGGUGACAUUGAUGGCUUCGAGCGGCUACUGGUGGUCCGAGGUCUUCGCUUAUUCCGCUUGGUCCGAGCAUGGCGGAUGCUGCGUCACUUUAAGAUCGUGUGGCGGCUGAUCUAUGGGCUCAUGAACGCUGGGCAGACGAUCAUCUCUACAACUAUGUUGAUCAUGGUCUCCUUGUUCAUCUUCGCAUGUGUCGCCGUGGAGGUCAUCGCUAAGGAUGAGUACCUGGCAACACAGGCAGCCACAGCGGAAAUCGUGGAAACGCAGUUCUUUGGCUUGAACAGGGCGAUGAUGACGCUGAUUCAGUUCGUGACACUUGACAACAUCUCGGAAGUGUACUACCCUCUCAUCAUGCACAGACCCUGGCUGUCGGUAUACUUCUUCCCAAUAUUCAUUUUCAUUUCUAUUGGGCUGAUGAAUCUUGUCACAGCAGCCCUUGUGGAGAAUGCCAUGCAGACAGCAGCACACGAGGCCGAAGAAGAGCGCCUGAAGCUGAAGAAGAGGGUCCGGGGCGCUUUGCCGUCACUGAUCGAGAUUUUCCAUUCCCUGGAUAAAGACCACAGUGGGCUUCUGACACACGAGGAGGUGGUGAAUGUUCCUUUGGAUGUGUUGCCCCCCAGGGUCUUGGAUGCCAUCUACGUGGAAAGCAUGGCCGAUAUUUUCGACUACUUGGAUGUCGACGGAACAGGGCAGCUCUCCCAAAUGGAAUUCGUUGAGGGCCUGCUGAACCUCUGCUUAAUGGACAUGCCGAUCUCCACCAUCCAGUCAUUGAAGUUGCUGCAGUUGAUCCGUGGACUUGUUGGCAAGGUGGAGAAGGAGGUUCUAUCUCUCAAGGUACAAGUUCAAGCCCUUGCCGAGGCAGGCCAGAAUGAGCUGGUGUAA